AGGAAGCGCAGAAGUCAUUUUAACAACGAGAUGUGCAGGAAAGCUCAUAUGGAGGUUUGAUCAGAGGAGCCAGACUUGGGGAGGUGUUGCGGAGUUCGAAGUUUCAAACACGGGCUGACAAUUUUGCGUGACGACAUACUCGUGAACUAUGAAAGAACUUGCGCGCGCGUGCUUUCAGUGAAUUUGGAUAAUUAUGGUUUGCCACAGACAUUCAUCACUCAGCUGAGAUAUCAUUGAAUGCAUCUGAAUCGUGUGUGUGGGAUCUUUAUUCAAGACGUGAUGGAUACAAAUUCUUUGGCUGUGUUGAAACUUCUACUUGUUGGAAUUUUGGUGAACUCUUGGAUGACAAGAGGAUUGUCAGCCACCGAGAAUAUCAAUGUUGAGUCUAUACCACGAAGGCCUAGUGUGGCUCUGUGCAACGAGACCCAGCUGCUGUCGGAGAUGGAGAUGUGUGGAGAGGGUUUCAAGCGAGAGAUGGCUUACGUGGAUCCCCAGAACUGGUGCAACUUAACACACUUCAUCAGUGUGUACCACGUCUUCUCGCUGUGCACAGAGACCAAUGCCGGGCGCAUCAACUGCUACUGGCCCAACCCGCUGGUGGAGAGCUACAUCAUCCGCAUCCACAAGCACUUCUUCUCCAACUGCACCCUGGAGAGGGUGAUCCUGGUGGACCCACCAGAUGACACACUCACCAUCCUCAUCCUCAUCCCUGUCUUCCUCACCCUGGCUAUGAUCGCGCUGGUGGUGUGGUGCAGUAAGCGCAGUGACAUCCUGGCUUAAGAUGUUGGUUUGUUUGGUUCCUAUAUGGCUGUCCAGAGACCCAUGAACUUCUUUGAAUGAAAAUACUUUAUUGAUCCCCAGAGGGGAAAUUGGAUUAGACAGGUAGCCUGGGAAGACAGGUAGGGAACCUACGAAGGGAACUUUUGUUUGUUCAUUGUGUCAUUUCAGGAUUUUGGUGGAUUGAAUGGACCAAAAGAAGCUACUUAACGCCUUUGAGGGAGAUGCAUCCUAAAUCCAUUUUGCUAGCUUGAGACGGUCCAAGCCCUUUUGAGAGAUAUACAAGGACUCAAGGCACAGAGCUACAAGACAUUCAGGAUUGUUGAUCCUUGGUGUGAAAAGGGACAGACGCCCAGGGACUGCCUCAACAUCAUCACCUAUCAGACGCCGUUUAAGCUUGUGGGUAUAUAUUCUGGUGAAGAGUCUUCUCAAUGGGAGAACACGGACAAGUUGACACCUGAACAUGUACAAUACUUUUCUGUACCAGUGCCGUCUACUGUAAAGACCCUGAAUUUUCCUUCCUUUAUCGCCUGCCAUUCUUUCUCAACAGCAAUGUUCCUGGCACCAUGGCCUUCUUCACGCUUCCUCGUCUGUUAUGUGUUGUCACUAUCAGUUCAAGCUGCAAAGAUGGAUACAACAAUUUCUUUCCAAAAAAUACCUAACCCUGAUUUAACUUACCUUAACCACACCCCUAACCAUAUGCCUAACCAAAACCUUAAUUUAAGACCAAUGCUAAUUUUCAUGUUCAUGAUAUAGGCAAUUCUGACUUUGAAGCUUGGCCAUAGAAUGGGAACAAGCCCUAUAUGUGUCGCUUAGACUAGAGAACUUGGUUUGUUUCUUGAAGUGAAAUGGUUGUUUGACUUCAUUAUUUAUCUUGUCUCUGGGUUGUCAUUGCAAUGGCCCAAAAGUUGUUAUCACUGAUUGCACUGCUCAUGUGGUGAAACCUCAGCAGGAAUUCUGCUCACUCUAAUUGUAAUUUAAUUUCACAGUUUAAUCGUUCUGGGAGGUAUUGGCGGUAGGAACAUAAAUCACUGUCAAGAUUACGGACUCGUUUUGAGAGAAUUUCGUUGUGCCAGAACUUUUGGUAUUGAGGAGCUAUUGAAUUAUUUACUGUAAUGCUAUUUAAUGUUUUAAUUAAAUUACUUAGAAUUAGUCAAUGCUUUGGUUAUUAAUCAACAUGUCCAUAGUGCAAUGUCAUUUGCCCCUUUUUGUCCUCUGCCGCUUCGAAACCAUUCCUACCUCUACUUCAAACUACAUCCAUCUCGAUGUAACUCCAAUUCAACUGAAACAUCCUUAGUACGGUGGUCAUAAAAUAAUUAUAUUGUUUUGACAUUUCAGUGUGUAAAUGUAGUUAAACAGUCACAUCUGCAAAAAAAUGUUCUGACGUUUAGGUUAAUUUCAAGGUAAAACUCAACAAUGCUGUAUGAUACAUUACCAUAUGGGCAAAGCUACUAACAAGGCCGUAUGAACGUUUCAGAAGGGAUUGGGGGGAUGUUCAUAUUCGUCAUCAGUGGUGUAAAGUACAAAAGUAAAAAUACUUUAAAGUA